GCAAGAUAAAGGGUAGCUAGUUCCUCGGCACUGCACAAAGCGCCGGCAGAGAUAGCUAGCUAGCCAUGGCGCCAGCAUUGCCGUGUAGGCCAAAGCUGCGGCUCCUGUGCGUAGCCUUGGCCUUCCUCCUGGCCGUGGAUGUGGGCAGGGCGGACAUCUACGAGGACCUCGAGAUCAUAUGGAGCGCCGACCAUACCUACUACUUCAUGGACGGCGAGAGCGAGGCGCUGGCGCUCUCGCUGGACUAUAACCGGGGCUCCGCCUUCAAGUCCAAGGAAAUGUACCAUUUCGUCCGCGUCGACAUCGACAUCAAGCUCAUCGAAGGCAACUCCGCGGGCACCGUCUGCACCGUCUACACCAUCUCGGAAGGGCCGUGGGAGGUUCACGACGAGAUCGACCUGGAGUUCCUGGGCAACUCCACCGGCGAGCCUUACACCCUCCACACCAACAUCUUCGCCAACGGCGUCGGCGGCCGGGAGCAGCAGUUCAAGCUCUGGUUCGACCCCAGCUCCGACUACCACACCUACUCCAUCGUCUGGAACCCCAAGCGCAUCACGAUCGAGGUGGACGGCGUGACGGUCCGGACGUUCGACAACAACGAGGACCAGGGCGUGCCGUUCCCGUCGUACCAGCGGCAGCGCGUGUAUGGGAGCCUGUGGAGCGCGGAGGACUGGGCGACGCAGGGCGGGCGCGUCAAGACGGACUGGUCGCAGGCGCCCUUCGUCUCCUACUACCGCAACUACAACGUCACCUGGUGCCAGCCGUCGCCUGGCGUGCUGUGGUGCGGCACCGAGCCCGCCGAGUCCACGCACUUCAACCUCUCCCCCAAGGCGCUGGCCGACCUGCAGUGGGUGCGCGACAACCACUACGUCAUCUACGACUACUGCCUCGACAGGAGCGACCGGUACACCGACGCCACCAGGCCCAAGGAGUGCUCGCUCCCGCCCCGCCCGUAGUCGCUACUGUCACACGUCGGGGCAUCCGACACGGCGCAGCGACAGCAAGCGAGCGACGCCCGCUAGUCGUUCAUUCGUCCGGAUUUUUCACAGAGAUUUUUUUUUGAUUUCGGUUAGUUUUGUCUGAAUAUUUCCUUUUUUGCGGGUUGUCUAAAUAUUUCAUACAAUGUUCAUAAAAUCAAAUAUGUUCCCGAAUUUAAUAAAAAAAUAAUGAAUUCCAAA